AUGGCUGACAAUGGUAAUGUGGAAAUUAAACAUGAACCGGAAUAUGUUCCAGAAGUAGAAAUCAAGAAGGAGUUACAGGAUGAGCCACUCGAACCGGCUCAAGAUAAACCACAAGAGGCAAAUCAAAAUCAACCCCAACAAACCAAUCAGGAUCAAUUACAAGAUUCUGCUCAAGUUGCAAAGCAAGGCGAAACAGAAACUGAAUCUAUCGUAGCCUCGGAGACUAGCAAUGUUGUGUCUUCUAUUCCCGCUGCACAAAUCGCUGAAUCUCAGCCGUCUUAUGUUCGUCUUCGGGGUCUUCCGUUUUCAGCAACAGAUCAAGAAAUCCAUGAAUUUUUCACCGGCUUGAACGUUCGCAGCGUUAAGUUUACCACUGGUUAUGAUGGUCGACCAAGCGGAGAAGCUUAUGUUGAAUUUCCGACUAGAGAACAAGGGGAGAGGGCGUUGGAUUACAAUAGAAAAGAGAUUAAUAGAAGAUACAUUGAAGUAUUCGAAGUGACUGAAAACGAAUACACAUUUGCGGUUAGCCGUCUGAACGAUGUUGACGAUGACAAAGUUAUCCGUAUGCGUGGCCUUCCAUGGUCCGCUACUGAGCAAGAUAUUAAUCAAUUUCUUGAAGGGCUAGAAACGGAGGAAAUUGUAUUCGGAAGUACGGGUGGGCCACGAUCGCGACCAUCGGGCGACGCGUUCGUCAAGUUCCGCAGCGCUGACGACGCGAAAAAAGCUAUGGGAUAUAACAAACGCACGUUGGGAUCGAGAUACGUUGAGAUUUUCAAAUCGUCGGUUCUUGAAUUCAACAAAGAGAAGAACAUUUCCUUGGGAAAGUCGAAUCGUAGCAACAUCCCGUCGUUGUUGAGUCUUGAUCAUACUUCGAGAUAUGGUGGAGCUCCUAGUCGUCCCCCGCCAUUGAUGCAGAGUGCGGCUCCAUAUCCGGCCGAACCGUAUGGAUAUCAUGGAUAUGAAGAUGACUAUUCGAGAGGAUAUGGAAGAGACUAUGGGCGAGAUUAUGGGCGUGAAGAUACUUAUGGAAUGCCGAGAGACGAUCCCUAUAGAUCUUCUGCAGCUCCUGCUAUGAGUCAUGGAGAUGGAAUGAAUAGGGUCUACAUGCGAGGAUUACCAUUUGACGCUGAUGCUCAUGACAUUGAUGCUUUCUUUGCUCCUCUUCCUGUUAUUGGUGUGAAGAUGGGCAUCAACGAUUCUAAUCGCGCCUCCGGCGAUGCAAUUGCCGAAUUUGAGAACGAAAUGCAUGCUUCGCAAGCGCUUGGAAGAAAUAAACAUUUGAUGGGAAAACGUUAUGUUGAAUUGUUUUCGCCUCAUGACGUUCCUGGAAACAUGAAGCGCCUUGUUUGGCAAGAAAUGCGUGGCCCAAAGGCCGGCGAUCCACCUUCUUUGGAUCCUAUUCUUACCGGAUUCUCUAGUGGUAGAGUAGUACGCGGACCAAGGGGUCCCGGAAUGCGAAAUGGAGGUGGAAGAGGAGCACGGCGUCAUGAAUAUCGUCGAGAUGUUCCCCCGCGCCAGCAAAGAUACUCAGACACACGUGGUGAUUGGGAGCCGUUUGGACAAGGAACUCAAUGGGGCGGAUACAAUCCGUAUAAUGCUGAUGAUCGCCAGCGUGAGCCACAUGCGAGCCACGAUCAGUACGCAUCUGGUGGAAACGGUGGGUGGGGUGGUUGGAGUCAAGCCGACGACUACUCGCAGAAAUGGUGA